GUUAUUUUCGAUAAAAAAUUUAAGAAAAAAAGUAAUUGCAAUUAGUUGCAUUAUUGGUGUAAGACAGAAAAGAAUUUGGCAUAUCAUCGAAAUACCUAUAUGUAAUAUGGUCGCGCUUGAAUCAGAAUCAUAUACGCUCCGUCGUCCGCUCCGACUCCGACAUUACACGCGCAGCAGCCCGCGCGGUCGGAGCCAUGAAGCUUGGCUCUCAGUGUGUCAGUUGUCAAAUUUCUCCACACACACACAAGCAUGGAAGAAGAUAACAAUUCUUCCAACGACAGUACAGACGCUUACAGUGAAAAGUUCGACGCGCUGAAAGCUUUGACCAGACCCAACGUGCGUAUCCCAGUUCCGGACGCGCCAAUUUACGACAAUCUCAGCAAAUUCGAAUCGGUGGCACUCAAAGGACUCGUGAUUAGCAGCAAGCCAAAAAAUGACGCAUCGAAAGCUUCGAAACAACAACAACCCGCGCGAAGAUUUUUGCCGUCACAGAUGCCAAUACAAUCGACCAGUAGAGACAACCAAUCGGGAAAAAAUGUUCUCAAUCGAAUGGGCAAAGCGCAGGGGCCGCUUUUCGCUCUUUAUCAAUACAUGGAAAAUAGAAUUAGGGUUAAGAUAACCACGAGAAACGACAGAGGAGUUCGAGGCUACGUGGAGGCGUACAUUGCCGCGUUUGACAAACACUGGAAUCUGGCUCUGGAGGACUGUUUCGAGCACUGGACGAGAAAAGUGAAGAGAAAAGCUCCUGCUCUCGGUGAUCCAAGUGUCGACCCGUUGUCAGUGCCAUCGACAUCGAGUGUGAACUCAUCGACCAAAGUGAUCUCGAGGACGAAAAAAUUCGAAACUCUUGAGAGGCAUGUGCCUCAAUUAUUGCUGCGUGGUGAACACGUGGUAAUGGUCAACAAAGUCAUUAGUUAAAUGGUGGCUGCAUUAUAAAAUUGUACAUAUAUUUUGAUUUUAAAUAAACUGACGAUUUUUGCUACGCACUGAAUGUGUUUUCAUUUAGCAACCGAAUGUAAACAGUCCCACGUGCCCGCGCGCACUUGUUGCCUUUAUCAUCGUUGCCGCGGCUCGAGAUACAAACAGCAUAAUACACUUGUUCUGCAAAACCGUUGCAACUGCUGCUGCCGGUGCGCAGAGGUUAUUUGCUGUAUUGUUUACCGUUCGUGCUCGGUGUUGGAAGUUGAAAAGUGUUAAAAGACGAGAAAAGUUUCUUGAUAGUGGCCAAGGCAUUUU